CCUCAAUCCAGUCUCCCACUAUCAGCUGAGCUCUCACUCUCCCUGUUCUCAUUCACACAUACACACACCACACACACACACACACACACACACCGGUCGGCGUCAUGGCUCAGUCCCACGGCGUGCUCCACAGCCAGGAGUUCUGCUGCCCGAUCUGCCUGGAGCUGCUGAAGGACCCGGUGGCCAUCCCCUGUGGCCACAGCUACUGCAUGAGCUGUAUCCGGGGCUACUGGGCCGCCUCCUACGCCGACCUGGACGCCGUCAGCUGCCCCCAGUGCCGCCAGUCCUUCCUGCCACGGCCCAUCCUCAAGCGCAACACCCUGCUGGCAGAGAUGGUGGACAAGCUGAAGAAGACAACGACCACACAGAUGACGCACCAUCUGCAGGUCGCCGCCACGGCCUCCAACGCCUCCAACGCCUCCAAUGCCUCCACCACUGCCAUCGCCGCCGCCACAGUUGCUGCAGCGACCGCAGCAGCAGCAGCAGCAGCCCGCACCGGUGGCGUCUGUGGCAGCGCCGGCGCAGGUGUGAACUCCAUCACCCUCAGCGUGGGUGCCAUGGCGGCGCUCUGUUUGGGUGGUGGCGUGGGGGAUGCCAGUGGCGAGGUGGGCGCAGUGCUGUGCGACCUGUGCACGUCGAGCAGCAAGCUGGUGGCGGUGAAGUCGUGCCUGGUGUGCCUGGCGUCCUACUGCAAGCUGCACCUGCAGGCCCACCACGAGGCGCCGGCGCUGCGCAGGCACAAGCUGGUGGAGGCCAUGAGCGCCGCGCGGCUGCAGGAGAACCUCUGCCCGCAGCACGACAAGCUGCUGGAGAUCUACUGCCGCUCCGACCAGAGGUGCGUGUGCGUGCUGUGCGUCAUGGAGGAGCACAAGGGCCACGACACGGUGUCGGCCACCGCGGAGGGCACCAAGAAGCAGAAGGAGCUGGGCCUGGCGAGGAGGAAGUUUAAGCUGAGUAUCCACGCCAGGGAGAAGGAGCUGCUGGAGCUACAGCAGGCCGUGGACACACUGAGGGAGUCUGCGCAAGGUGCGAUGGAGACGAGUGACAAGAUCUUCACAGAGCUGAUGUCCUCCAUCGGGCGGCGGCACUGCGAGGUGCGUGAGCUGAUCAAGGCUCAGGAGCGCGCUGCCGCCGCCCUGCUGGCCAGGCUGCAGAACAACCUGGCCGAGCUCAGGAAGCAGGACGCCCAGCUGGAGCUGCUGCUGCACACUGACGACCACAUACACUUCCUACAGUGUUGCCAGUCUCUCUCGGCCCCUGCUGCCUUGGCGGACCCGGCCAAUGUCCACACAGACCCCCUGCUGGACUUCGGCAAGAUGACGAGUGCCGUCUUCGCCCUGAGGAAGAGAUUUGAGGACGUGCUGAAGGUCGAGUGGCCAAAGAUCACCAGGGCAGCCAGCACAGUGAAAAUCGUCCAGAGUCCAGAGCCCAACAUCCAUCCGGAGUUUCUAUACUACUCCUGUCCAUUCAAACUGGACCCCAAGACGGCCCACAAGGACCUGUCCCUCUCCCAGGACAACGGGGCGGUGACGGUGCGCGGCCGGGAGCACUCGUGCACGGACCACCCGGAGCGCUUUGACUACUGGUGCCAGGUGCUGGCCAGCGAGGGCCUGUCGGGCCGCUGCUACUGGGAGGCCGAGUGGAGCGGCAUGGGCGUCAACAUGGCCGUGGCCUACCGAGACGUGGGCAGGAAGGGGGAGGGGGCCGACUCGCACUUUGGCCGCAACGACAGGUCUUGGAGCCUGUUCUGCUCCCGCAAAGGGUUCUCCUUCUGGCACAACAACGUGGUGAGCAAGAUAGCCGCCCCAUGCGCCUUCAAGAUAGGCAUCUACCUGGACCACAGGGCGGGCACCCUGUCCUUCUACAGCGUGUCCGACACCAUGACCCUGCUGCACAGGGUCAAGGCCACCUUCACCCAGGCCCUCUACCCCGGCUACGAGUUCGCCUGCUACGGAGCCUCCGUCAAGCUCUGUCAGAUGGAGUAGGAGAGCCCGUAAUUAGUGGUGAAGAAGACAGCAUGGUAACACGCUUUAAAAGCCAUGUCAGGAUGGUCGGAAGAUUACAUUACAUUACUUAGCUGAUGCUUUUAUCCAAAGCGACUUACAGUUGUUUUACUGGGCGCUGGUUGGUAAUUAGUGGUGAAGAAGAAGACAUCAUUGGCACGUACUUUAACCGUUAACACACAGCGUUAUAAAUUUGCUGUUACCAUAAUGGCAAUGACCA